GUGGUCCUCGGGCUGCGCAGAGGUGGUACUGCACAAGCGCGGCUGUCCGCGCAUGCGCAGACACAGCCCCGGUGCCGGACGCUGCUGGCGGUUAGCAAGAGCUGCAGCGAGAGCUGCUGAGGUAAAAGCCGGCGCCAUGGUGGAGAAGGAGGAGGCCGGCGGCGGCAUCAGCGAGGAGGAGGCGGCGCAGUAUGACCGGCAGAUUCGCCUUUGGGGACUAGAGGCCCAGAAGCGGCUGCGUGCCUCCCGGGUGCUGCUUGUUGGCAUGAAAGGACUUGGGGCAGAAAUUGCCAAGAAUCUCAUCCUGGCAGGAGUGAAAGGACUGACCAUGCUGGAUCAUGAACAGGUGUCUCCAGAAGAUCCUGGAGCUCAGUUCUUGAUUCGUACCGGGUCUGUGGGCCGAAAUAGGGCAGAAGCCUCUCUGGAGCGAGCCCAGAAUCUCAACCCCAUGGUGGAUGUGAAGGUGGACACCGAGGAUAUAGAGAAGAAGCCUGAGUCAUUCUUCACUCAGUUUGAUGCAGUGUGCCUGACUUGCUGCUCCAGGGAUGUCAUCAUCAAAGUUGAUCAGAUCUGCCACAAAAACAGCAUCAAGUUUUUCACAGGAGAUGUCUUUGGAUACCAUGGGUACACCUUUGCCAACCUUGGAGAGCAUGAGUUUGUUGAAGAGAAAACCAAAGUUGCCAAGGUUAGCCAUGGAGUAGAAGAUGGACCUGAUACCAAGAGAGCAAAACUUGAUUCAUCUGAGACAACCAUGGUCAAAAAGAAAGUGAUUUUCUGCCCUGUCAAAGAGGCUCUGGAAGUAGAUUGGAGCAGUGAGAAAGCCAAGGCCACCUCGAAGCGCACAGCCCCAGACUACUUUCUGCUGCAAGUGCUCCUGAAAUUCCGCACUGAUAAAGGAAGAGAUCCCAGCUCUGAGACCUAUGGUGAAGACUCUGAGCUGCUGCUGCAGAUUCGAAAUGACAUCCUUGAUUCACUGAGUGUUAGUCCUGACCUGCUUCCUGACGACUUUAUCAGAUACUGCUUCUCUGAGAUGGCUCCUGUGUGUGCUGUGGUUGGAGGGAUCUUGGCCCAGGAAAUUGUGAAGGCCCUGUCUCAGCGGGACCCUCCUCUCAACAACUUUUUCUUUUUCGACGGCAUGAAAGGGAGUGGGAUUGUGGAGUGCCUGGGUCCCAAGUGAGCCUGAGAUGCACACAGGCUGGAAGCCCACCCUGUUUCCUGUCCCUUCCUCCCAGAAGGCAUCUCUGAUGAGGAUUUCAGGCAGGGAUGUCUUGCCUUCAUCCCAACAGAAAUCAGGGCUCUGUCAGCUCCUGAGUGUUCACCACAUAGCAGCCCUUUGAUGUUGCUCCCUGUGCUGCCAAAGUGGGACCAGCCCUCUGCAGGGUGGAGAUGCCUGGAAGGCAUGCCUCCUCGUGCAGGAGCUUCUUGUUACCUUUUGGACUGACUCCUUAUCCCUACCUGAUGUCAGCAAGAAGAGCAGAAGAACCCCAGAGGGAGUGAGACCCAUCCCAUUGGCGCCCAGUAGAAGCCCACGUCUACCAACUCCUGAGGGCCUGACAGCAGCCCUUAGUUUUUUGUUGACCUUUUGUCAGGUUCCAGCCUGGAUUUUCAAAGGGAGAAACUGUUACCAGGUUGUCUUAACAAGUUAAAUCUUAGUGGAAUUGUUUUUAAAAAACUGCAGAUUCAGCCCAGGUGUGGUGGUGCAAGCCUGUAAUCCCAGCACUUGGGAGGCAGAGGCAGAAGGAUUGCAUAACUUUUGAAGCCAGCCUUGCCUUCAUAAUGUACUGAGACCAUGUCUCAAACAAAGGCAGAUUUGAGAGCCAGGGCAAAACCACCGACCCCAGAUCCUAGGUCCAGGGCUCUGCAGAGGCCUUGGGUUGGAGGGCCAAGUCCGCCAUUCUUACUCCUGAGUUGCAGCUGUUGAAUUUUACAUAUUUCUGAGAGUUGCCUUGAUUGUUUUAAUAAGGAACAAUAAUAAAGUUACUUUCUUU